UUCAGUUCUUUUGCUCACAAACUCUUUCUGUCUCUUUCUCUCCUCACACUCUCACUGCAAUCCAGCUGAGUGGGUGAAAAUCAAGGGAGUGAGUGAGUGAGUGAGAGAGAGAGAGAGGGAGGGAGUGAGAGAGAGAGAGAGAGGCUGGAGAAGCAACCAGUCAUUUGUGCCUCACUCCAGGCUCUAAGUUUACAGGCAGCCAGGCAGGAUUUUCUUGGCUUGGACGCAGCGCCCAUGACAGGAUUAGGAGCUGGGGACGCGGGACCAACCGGAGAUCUGCAGGUCGUAGUGGAGGACCCCGAGCCAGACUCUCUCUCUGCACAGCUGUGACCGGCCUCCCGUGUCCCAUCGCGCAAAUCAUCCAGCAACAGUCCUUCAACGCUGACCCGAUUACCAAGAGGCCUCCCUUCCUCUUCUCUUGUCUCCCACCAUGCGUCUCCUCACCACCCUCCUCCUCCUGCUGCUCCUGCGGUCGGCCGAGCCCCGGAGAGGCCCUCGCUCGGGGACGGAGAGAGGCGGCGGUGGCCACGUGCGAGGCAGGGUCAGGGCGGGAGUCACGAGGCGCCAAAUUCAGGAGUGUAAGGAAUAUAUGGAGGCGGGGGAGAAGUACCUGGACUGCCAGGACAGGCAGCUGACCGCGGUGAUGCAGCACUGGCCCAAAGAUAUUCACCACCUGCUGCUGGCGAGGAACAAGAUUCAGGUUUUGAGGGACAACAUGUUCUCACAGUUCACCCAGCUGAAGAGCCUGGACCUGCAGCAGAACGACAUCUCCAUGGUGGAGGACGGCGCGUUCAGCGGCCUCUCGCAGCUCACCACCCUGCUCCUGCAGCACAACAGUCUGAAAACUGCUUCCGAGGAGAUCCUGCUCCCCCUGCCCCGCCUCACCUACCUCCGUCUCUAUGACAACCCGUGGAGCUGCCGCUGCUCUCUGGACAGCCUGAUCAGGAAGCUGCAGGUACCGAGCAACCGCAACCUGGGCAACUACGCCAAGUGUGCCGAGCCCCAUUCGCUCUCGGGCCAGAAGCUGAAGAAGGUCGAUGUAGACUCGCUGUGUGAGGGUGACAACCAGGUGGACCGGAGGCCGGGGGACAGGGAGGGCGGGGACCGGAGACCUCCACCAUUCAAGCCAGUAAAGUCAGAGGCCACAUCCAUGUGUCACACCUACAUGUUCCCUAAACCUCUGCUGGACUGCAGCAAAAAAGAUUUGAACCACAUCCCGUCUGACCUGCCAUCCGACAUCGUGAAGAUGGAUCUGUCCGGCAACAGUAUCAAACAUCUCAGGCCCAAGCAGUUCCUGCUGUCCAAAGACCUCAAACUGCUCAACCUUAGCAGCAACAGUCUGCACCGUAUAGACACAGCUGCAUUUGCAGGCCUGCUGUACCUCCGUGAGCUUGACCUGUCCAACAACAGCCUCCAGUACUUCCAGUACGGUGUACUAGAGGACCUCUACUUCCUACGGAAGCUCUCACUGGCCAACAACCCCUGGAUCUGCGACUACAACAUCCACUACCUGAUGUAUUGGCUGAAACACCACCCUGGCGUCGCUUUCACCGGCCUGAUCUGCGCCGAGCCGCAGGAGUUCAGGGGCUGGCGCGUCGAGGACUACGUCAAGACCUACAACGGGGAGUGUCCGAAGGACAGACAAACAGGAGGGGUCGACACGGGACAGGGCGGACAGGGAGGGUCGGACAAUGAAGCACAGGAAGUGGUGGUGGAGACGAGCAAUGGGCAGGUUCUGCCUCGGCCCCUGAAAGAAAAGAAGCUCAACAGGUUUGAGAUCAUCAGGCUGAGUUAGAAUGGAGGCGGAUCAGUGGACUGGUGUGGUUUAGUCACUUGGUGGCCUGUGGACAGGCUGGAGUUUGGAUCAACGAGAUGAUGUUGAAGUUGAAAUGUCAGGAGCAGAGUUACAAAUAGCGAUAAAAAUCCGUUCUUUGGGCUUUUUUGUUUUUGUUUUCUUUUAAAAGGUUUUCCUCUUUCUGUGGAUCACAACAACAGAACUCAUCCUGGAACAUUUUCUUAAAAGAUCAUACGUCUGUGUUUACCUUUUCAAAUACGGAAAACACUGUUUUUUUGCAGUCACAUUCAGGUCGAAAUAACCCGCCCAACAAAAAUGUCUCUCAGUUUACCCACAGAAUGAAACUGCAGGUGCUCUCUUCUCUUCUCUUUUGUCUUUCAUAAAGUACUCUUUCUUAAUGUAUGACAUUGUUUUCCUGUUUUUGGUUUCUUUUUGGAAAUAAAAUUGGUUUUAUUUUUUCUGAAAACGACAGUUUACUACAAGUCGUUCACCUAUAGCAGUGACAUCUGUGCCGCCGUAUAUGCUGGGAAGAAGUCAGGCGUCUCGUGCGUCGUAAUACAUCGACUCGCUGCUUUCAUAGGGACGUGAACUCGUUGUUAACGUGUGAAAUCAGACCUCAUAAUCCAGAAAUGACAUGAAACGAUGAGUCUGUCACUGCCAAGCUUCUGUUUUCUUUUUUUUUCUUUCUUUUCUUGAUGGGAAACACAGUCUGACGAGCGUCUGUCACGCCGAUGAGACGAGUUGUCCUUCUGUGGCGCUCAUAUUUUAGUUUCAGUUUUACGACAUGGCACCCAAUUUCCUGCUGUCACUGAAGAAAUAAAAGCCAGUUUAGCAGAACUCACUGGCACUCCAUGUGAGCGUGUAAGUGAACAGAAAUAAAGUGGGUUUAUAGUCAGUGAUUGAUCAUA